CUUUUUUUCUCCACAAAACUCUCCGUGCAGAAGUGACCUAGACCCGGUCGGGACGGCUGAUCAACGCCCAAGAGCGCCCGUUUCAGCCAAGCCAAGCUCGAGGCACAGGUAGCGCACGCCGCAUAACGUCAUCGCACGGUAGGGUUAACCUGUAUUGCGUGCCAAACACAUGGAAUUUUAUACCACGAUACCACGUAUAAUAGACCCAGCCUAGACAGACGCCGGAAAGUUUCCGCCGUAGAGUCUGUGAGUAGCAGCCAUGGCUGACGAUUAUGGCGAGCUCGUGGAACUCGGAUUUGAAGGUGUGGAUAAGGUUGUGGACAAGUAUCAUGACGCUGUUUACGGGUUCGCGGAUAAGCAUUCACCAAAGAUGGGACGAAGAAAGCGCGGCGGUGGUGCUCGGGCUGCUCACGGCCAUGAACGUGCGCCUCCAUCUCCCCCACCGGCAGAUAGAGACAGAGAUGUCGAUUCCGACGAAGACGUGAGGAAUAGGCAUGCGGAGGAUAGGGGCAGGGAUCGCGACUGGAGCGAGGCUGGCGGAAGACAUGGAAGACACGGGCAAGAUGGUGACUGGAGGGACGCUGGCUCAAGACAUGGCAAACGUGAGCAAGAUGGCGACUGGAACGAGGCUGGAUCAAAACACGGGAGAUCUGAGCAAGACCGCGGGUAUAAUGCUGCGCCAGGCGCCGGUGCAGUCGUUGCGAGAGGCAGCGAUCCAUACGCAUACCCAGGAUACGGGCAACUUGGGGGAGGGGGAUACCAAGGAGGAUACGGCUACCAACCUCAAGCCUCGUACCCUCCCUACGCGUACCCGCAGGCACAGCAAUACGGAGGACAAGAGUAUGGAGAGGAUCGGGCUGAACGUGGACGGCCUAUGCCGCCGCGACGACGCACUUCCUCUUGGUCACCACCCCGCCGCUCAGAUCAACAGCGUCGCCGCGCAUCCCCACCUCGCCGCCCUCACUCCAAUUCGCCUUCCAAGGGUAGGAUGGCGGCUACCGUUGUAGGGGGGUUGGUGGGAGGCUUCCUGGGCCAUGCAGCCAAGAAGGACAACGCGCAGAUGAACGCGGUGUCGACUGUUGUUGGCGCGGUAAUCGGUGGCAUUGGAGCGAGAGAGAUAUCGGAGGCGUACGACCGCAGAAAGGAGAAGAAGCUUGAGCAGGCGGAGAAGGAGCAGGAGCGGCGAGAGCGGCGGCGGAGGGAGCGGUGAUGACGCUAGCUGGCCAGCGAGCUAGGCUCAACGGCAAAAUGGGUGCAAGCGAUGGCUCGGGUUGGUCAUUAUACAGCGUGGGGGAGGAUGCGGUUGGAUCUAACGACGGAACGAGGUAUGAGAUAUGAGAGGCUCUGACGACUGCUGGCGACUGGGAGAUAGAUAGCUCGACACGGAGCGCCGCUGGAGGUGCAACGUGCAGAAACAAUUGAAAAAGGUCGGAAACGAUUGGGCAAUGCGCGGGCCAGUGAGAGGCCAAAUUCUCCGUGCGGCGGAAAUAACAGUCUCGAGCGGGAGGGGACGGCUUGGACACGCGGCGCAGAGGACGAGGAUGCCGCUGCAGGGGUGCGGGCCCUGAGAGCUUGACAGCAACAAUAACAGCCGACGGCUGGUUGAACCGGGGCUGCAGCUCGCAAAC